AUGAAAAAAGUAGCCAGCAGCUUUUCUAAACUCAACAGAUCAUCCUCACAACGAAAAAGUCUCGGCAACAGCAACAUCAAUAUCGAAAACAUCGACAAAAAUUUAUCCUCGUCAAAACCAAUUCUUAGUUCGUUGUCAAGUAAAAAUGUUGAUAAAGAUAAUAGCAACAAUGCAACAUGGGCAUUAGAAGAGAUUCUACUGCAACCAUACAAUCACCUUCUCAAACAUCCUGGCAAAGAAAUUCGAAGUAAACUGAUUGCAGCAUUUGAUUUUUGGCUCAAAGUUCCAAAAGAACAACUAGUCGUUAUAACAAAAAUCGUAGAAAUGCUACAUACUGCAAGUUUGUUGAUUGAUGAUGUAGAAGAUAGUUCUACAUUAAGACGGGGUGUUCCAGCCGCACACCAAAUCUAUGGUAUACCAGCGACAAUCAACUGCGCCAACUACGUAUAUUUUCUCGCGUUAAAUGAACUCGUAAAACUCGAGAAUGCUAAAUUGAUAAAGAUCUAUACUGAAGAAUUGAUGAAUUUGCAUCGUGGACAGGGAAUGGAAUUGUAUUGGCGUGAUCACGUGGUGUGUCCAUCUGAAGAAGAGUUUAUUGAAAUGGUUUCAAAUAAAACCGGUGGUCUUUUAAGACUUGCUGUGAAAUUAAUGACCGAGGCUAGCAAUAUAAACGACAAGGAUUAUGUAAAUCUAGUAAACGAUAUCGGUAUACACUUUCAAGUUAGAGAUGAUUACAUGAAUUUACAAUCCGCUGUCGUAAACAUUCUAAAACAACACACCUCAUCACUUGAGUUAAAGGAAUACGCCGUAAAACUAAUGGAAGGAACCGGAUCGUUUCGAUACACCGAACAAUAUCUCGCAAAAACAGAGAAGAAAGUACGAGACGAAAUUGAACGACUUGGUGGUAACCCAGUGCUCGAAAGAAUUAUGGAUUUGUUGUCAGUUCCUUUGUCGGAAAGUGAUGGUGGUGUGAAAAAGAGAGAAGCUCAGUCGUCUACUGUAACUACUACUGCUGCUUCAACAAAGUAA